UUGACCCCGGAAGUUCGGGCGUGCGCAGAGCCGGGAGCGCUUUGCGACAGAGCCGUAAAGGCGCGCGGGAACAUGGGGCUGUACGCUGUCGCGGCAGACGUGCUGGCAGGCGUGGAGAACCGCCAGGGCUCCAUCAAGGGGCUGGUGUACUCCAGCAACUUCCAGAACGUGAAGCAGCUGUACGCGCUGGUGUGCGAAACGCAGCGCUACUCCGCCGUGCUGGAUGCCGUAAUCGCCAGCGCCGGCCUCCUCCGUGCGGAGAAGAAGCUGCGGCCGCACCUGGCCAAGGUGCUAGUGUAUGAGUUGUUGUUGGGAAAGGGCUUUCGAGGUGGUGGGGGCCGAUGGAAGGCUCUAUUGAGCCGGCACCAGGCGAGGCUCAAGGCUGAGUUGGCUCGGCUUAAGGUUCAUCGGGGUGUGAGCCGGAAUGAGGACCUGUUGGAAGUGGGAUCCAGGCCUGGUCCAGUCUCCCAGCUGCCUCGAUUUGUGCGUGUGAAUACUCUCAAGACCUGCUCCAAUGAUGUAGUUGAUUAUUUCAAGAGGCAAGGUUUCUCCUAUCAGGGUCGGGCUUCCAGCCUCGACGACUUACGAGCCCUCAAGGGGAAGCAUUUUCUCCUGGACCCCUUGAUGGCGGAGCUGCUGGUAUUUCCCGCCCAGACAGAUCUGCAUGAACACCCACUGUACCGGGCCGGACACCUCAUUCUGCAGGACAGGGCAAGCUGUCUCCCAGCCAUGUUGCUGAACCCUCCGCCAGGUUCCCAUGUCAUUGAUGCCUGUGCCGCCCCAGGAAAUAAGACCAGUCACUUGGCUGCUCUUCUGAAGAACCAAGGGAAGAUCUUUGCCUUUGACUUGGAUGCCAAGCGGCUGGCAUCAAUGGCCACGCUGCUGGCCCGGGCUGGCAUCUCCUGCUGUGAGCUGGCUGAGGAGGACUUCCUGGCGGUCUCCCCCUCAGACCCACGCUACCGUGAGGUCCACUACAUCCUGCUGGAUCCUUCCUGCAGUGGCUCAGGUAUGCCGAGCAGACAGCUGGAGGAGCCCGGGGCAGGCACACCUAGCCCGGCGCGUCUGCAUGCCCUGGCGGGGUUCCAGCAGCGAGCCCUGUGCCACGCGCUCACUUUCCCUUCCCUGAAGCGGCUCGUCUACUCUACGUGCUCCCUCUGCCAGGAGGAGAAUGAAGACGUGGUGCGAGAUGCGCUGCAGCAGAACCCUGGUGCCUUCAGGCUAGCUCCUGCCCUGCCUGCCUGGCCCCACCGAGGCCUGAGCACGUUCCCGGAUGCCGAGCACUGCCUCCGGGCCUCCCCUGAGACCACGCUCAGCGGUGGCUUCUUCGUUGCCGUAAUUGAACGGGUCGAGGCGCCGAGUUCAGCCUCACAGGCUAAAGCAUCAGCACCAGAAUGCACACCCAGCCCAGCCCCAAAGAGAAAGAAGAGACAGCAAAAAGCCGGAGCCGGUGCUUGCACGCCGCCUUGCACAUAGCAGAGGCUUCGGGCUGACUCCUUCCUGGUAGGAAAGGAAGACGCCUGUCCUCUCCGUGGAGGACCCUGGGCCCUCACCGCAUGCAGUAAUUUGGGUUUUGAAAGGUUAUUGGGUCCUUUCCUUGGGCUGUGUUCUUGCUGGUGAGAAAACUGCCUGCAGAAAUAAAAUGCAGAACGUACUCUAUGGUA